CACACACUGCAUAAUUGAUAGAGCUUGUUUAUGUCAGACAUGGUGCAGGGCUCAGUCCUGAUACAGCUUCUGUUCACUUCCCUUCAUCACUUCCACUUGGGAAGAUAUUUGACGCAUUCAGAACGUUAGGGGGGGAUCACUCAAGUCGUUACGUGCCAAAAUCGUUUUAUUGCACAUCUUCCUCUUGCAUAACUUUCUUAACAUUUCUAAAUCUUGAAAACUCAACACGUUUAUAUAUAAAUGUUACAUUCAUAUAAAAGAAUAAUUUUUCAACAAACGGUGUACAAACUGAACACCCCUGCGUGAUGGACUCGUCCAACUUGCUCAGGAUAACGGUUUAAAUAAGGGGCUUUUGUGUUUAAUUUGAGCUUUUAAAUGAACUUUAACUCAAAUUAUUAUUAAGAAAAACAACUCUAAGACAUCAGCUUAUAGCCUACAUGAGUGAAUAGGUAGCUAAACGAUUACAUAAAUAUUGGUGCUUAUGAUUAAAAUUGUCAAAAGAAAGAAAGUAAAAUUGUGUAAACCUUGUGAGCGUGAUCAGUGUCCUCGGUCGCCAUCUGGUGGCAGUAUGAGUAAAAACCACAUGGAGUUAUUUUUGUGUAAACAGAAUAAACACAAUGCACACAAAAGAAAACAAAACAAAAAACUCUCAAAGAAAAUCUAAAGAAAAUUUGGAAAUUUUAGAAAGUCGAAGAAAUUCUGAUUAUUUGUUUUUCACAUUGUGAAAUCAGUCGAAUAUAAAUAAAAAAAACUUUCUUGCAGUCUAACUGGCGACAGUUUAUAGAGGAAUGGAUGAAUAAAUUGACAAUUAAUCUAGUUAUCAUUUGGCAUGUGGACUGGUAUAUAUGGUUAUGGAACUGAAUAAACUGAUCAGAUCUCACACACAAUUGCAUAAAUACACAUGACAUUACAACAUCCAGCAAAGUAAUUUCAGUGCUUAAUGAUUCAAUAAUUACAUUAAUAUCUAUAUAUUAUUUAUUAUUUAUUAAUAUAUUAAAGGUGCAGUUUGUAAGAUGUUUAGUGUGUACAAUGACAACACUACAAAAAAACACUAAAGAUAAAAGUUAAAGGAAUUUAAUAAACAUUAUUGUUAGAAUAUGGACUCAUGCAUUUAUUUUUUUAUUAUCAUUAUUUUUAUUUGCAUGUUCUGUGUUAUUUCAAUGAGAAUUAAUUUUUUCUUAAUAAAUAGACAAACGCCAAAACAAUACACCAGGAGAUGGCGCUCUGACACGCUUUUAGUAAAGACAAACGAUUAAACUAUUUGGGCAUACCUGUAGAAUUUUAGAUUUAAAGCACAUACAUAAAAUGAAAAUAAAGGAUGUGUGUCAUUCCAAAAAAUUAUUUCAUUUCAUCAUCAGUCGCAUUCCUGCAUCCAUCCAUCCAUCCAUCCAUCCGUCCAUUCCAGUGUCCUCCUAUAGUUCACCCAACACACACACUGAAAUCCAAUCAAGCUUGUUGCAGUUACCUGAACUCAUGAUUCAGUCCAUGUAUAAUUCAUUUGCUCAGUGAUCCACUCACUUAUAGAGAAGCAACCUGACUCCGGUGACCCGUCUGCAGAACCUCAGAGACGAUCGCAACUUCCAGCAUCACCAGGUUGGCUUUAACAGGUAAUGCUCAGGGAAGAUGAGUGAACAAAGACAGCGAGCCCUAUCCACGUCAGGUGAGGCUCUGUACCUGGUCCUUGGCCUUGACAAGAAUUGCACCCACGAUGAUGUCAAGAAAUCCUACAGGAAGCUUGCUUUGAAAUAUCACCCAGACAAGAACCCGGAUAACCCUGAUGCUGCUGAGAAGUUCAAGGAACUCAACAACGCUCACUCCGUGCUCUCGGACCUCACAAAACGGAACAUUUAUGACAAAUAUGGUUCGUUGGGUCUCUAUGUGGCCCAGCAGUUUGGAGAGGAGAACGUGAACACAUAUUUUAUGCUCUCCAGUUGGUGGGCCAAGGGUCUGUUUGCCAUCUGCGGCUUGCUGACAGGCUGCUAUUUCUGCUGCUGCCUGUGCUGCUGCUUCAACUGCUGCUGUGGCAAGUGUAAGCCCCGAACUCCCGGAGAGGAAGACCCUGAGUGCUACGUGUCUCCUGAAGACCUAGAGGAGCAGAUUCGCACUGACACGGAGAGGGAUGGUGACACUCCUGUAAUGCAUCAGCCAACUAAUGCAAGUGAGAAGACCCAGCUGAUUGGGGACGGACACCGGACAUACACCUGAGACAGAGUGUCUUAAUAAACUGCACUUUCUGAUAUAGUUUUGCUUGAAUCGCUGUUGAAUAACUUUUAAAAUAUCACACAUCUCAUAACGUUAACACUGGAAGGUAACUGGGAUGUGUCUUAAUCAUGGAAGUUUUUCAACCAAUGCUAUCUGUACAUAACAUAACAAACUAUUACUAUAUAUUUUUUUCUGCAGAUAAUAAGUCGUAUUGUAACGUAAUGUGUCUCUGAUGUCUAGUAUAUUAAGAAUAAAAGAAAGUUUUCACAGAAGCCAGACAGAAGCAAUCAUUUUAUAUAAUGAAAAAUGGCAAAGCAAAGAUUUGUAAUGCUGCCUGACUCAGAAUCAUUA